AUCUCAUCUCUCUCUCUUGAGUUUUGAAUCUAAACUAUGCUAAUCUAAUAUAAUCUGAAUCUGACUUACCAUCAGUUCCAACAACAACCAACAUUGUACUCAUCACUACAAAACAGAACUCAAGUGUGGCUCUGACAACUGAGAACACCAUGAUGAGAUCACCAUCAGAAUCAGCACCGCCACCAACACUUGCAGUUCUCUUCAUUUUCAUCUUCCUCUUCCCCACCAUUGCUACUUGUCAAUCAAAACCUCAACCCCCAACACCUUCACCAACCUCUUCCCCGCCAUCAUCGCCUUCAAGUUCAUCAACUCUCGACCCAAAACAGCUGAGAGCACUCCAAUCCCUCAACAUCCCAACCUCAAAGGACCCAUGUUCCAAAUCCGCAUUCCACAACGCCACAACCUGCGACAACUCAAAACCCUUCCGCCACCUCAUCUCUCUCACACUCUCAAACUGCUCCUCCUACGUUGCACUCUCCUUCACCGCACUUCAAUCACUCUCAACACUCCAAAUUCUCAACCUCCUCAACUGCCCCGUCACCCCCAUUCGCUUCCCACCCGAACUCACCUCCUCCCUCCGCACCUUCACAUGCAUCAACAGCCUCCGCAAGGUCUCCGGCGUUUGGCUCUCUCAGCUUCAGAAUCUCACUGAUCUCGCCGUAACCAAUGUCCAAGUCAAAGCUUCUGGACCUUACGUUAUCCUUGCCCACAUGGACAAGCUCAAAACUUUGACCAUUUCAAACGCUAAUCUCACUGGUUUUCUUCCUGGGCAUCUUCAUUCCGACCUUACCCAUAUAGAUUUUUCUGGCAACAAGCUCAAAGGGACUAUACCCUCUUCGAUUACCAUGCUUUCUGGAUUGGAAAGUUUGAAUCUUUCCAAUAAUAAUCUCAGUGGUGAGGUACCUGCCACCAUUGGGGACUUGACUUCUCUGACAACCUUGUCUCUGGCUUCAAACUCUUUCUCUGGCCAAAUUCCAGGUUCAAUAUCUUCUGUUUCGGGUUUGAUUCAUUUGGAUCUGAGCUCAAACCAAUUCAAUGGUUCUAUUCCAAAGUUCAUUUCUCAGAUGAAGAGUUUAAGGCACUUGAAUCUUGCUAACAACAACCUUCGUGGUGUUCUGCCUUUCAAUCAAAAUUUCAUUAAGAAUUUGGAUGUGUUCAACGUUGGUGGGAAUAGCAACCUUUGCUAUAACCAUUCGGUUCUGUCCUCAAACUUGAAGCUUGGAAUUUCACCUUGUGAUAAGUAUGGGAUGCCGGCGUCUCCACCAUCAAAGGAUUCUUCUUAUGCUGAUGAUAGCAGUGAUUAUAAUGACAGUGAUGGUAGCAGCAAUCAAAAGAAAGGGCACCAUAGUGGCCCUAACAAGUUUGUUCUUGGUGUGGCAAUUGCACUUUCUUCCAUUGUCUUUCUCAUUGUUUUCAUGAUAAUGUGCGCAAAAUGCUGCUGCCGUUAAAGGAUUUUCUUUUCUUUUCAUUUUUCCCUUUUUUUUUUUCUUAAGAUUAUAGAUUAGGAAAAUUCAUAAUUUGGGGUGAGGGCUUGUUUAAUUAAUUUAUUUAUUAUACAGUGUUACACUACAUACUAGAGAGUAGAUUCAAGAAGCAGGAACAGAAAUGGAAAAAGGUAUAUUGGCCAAAACAAAAAUUAUGGAAAUGAAAAGGGAAAAGUUUGAGAAAAAAAAAGAUUUUGUGGGGAUAUGGCUGUUACUGUAGAAGUUGCCCAAGAGGAGAAAAAAAAACUGAACAAUUAGGAAAGGGAUUAUGAUCAAAUUGAAGUUCUAUAUUUGUUGCUUUUUUCAAUAAAUGCAUGUGCAGCUGAAUGAUUUUACGUGGAAUGCUAGGCUUGGUUGGACACUGUAUAUUUAGCUGUUUAUGCUGUAAAAGAUUGUAGGUGGUGCAUGUGGCAUCUUAAUUCUUAAAGCUUUCUCUUUUACUUGUACAAUAUCAAGCAUUUAUUUUUCACACUUGUUAUCUAUACCAGCAGCUUCUGCUUAAUUUCGUAAUUGAUGGUUUAAUUUGUUUGGUCUUUGUAUUAUUAUUGCAGUAGAUUUGUACCUUUUUAUUUGCUACAUAUUGUGUUUAUUUGCAUCCCAAUUAGCUCAAGCAGAGUUUCCCGGAAUCUCUCAUAUGUUUGUGUACUUUUAAGAUUAGUCUAGUGUAAUUUAACCUUUUUAUAUACCUUGUAUUUGAAUUUGAGGGUUGUCUUGAAACUCUCUUCAAUGGCUUUUGUUUGACAUAUCUGUUGUUCAUUUUUGGAGCAAGAUAGCUCUGGCAGUUGUGACAUUGAUUUCAGGUUCUGCAGCAAUUGGGCAAAACAGUGAUGCUAUUAUUUGUGGGCACACACAACUUGAGGAAAAACAACUUCUUUAUCUAGACUUGCAGAAAGGGACAGCACCCCCAUGUUGAUGAUGGUUGGUGUACAUGAUUUAGGUUCAAGUUCAACCUUCACCCUUUGCGUUCAAAAUGGCUGUCUCUCCAUUUACCAAUUCAAAGAUUAUAAGAUCUAAAGGAGACACCGAGGGAAUUCAGACAAGUAGGAAAACUGAAGACGAGAUCUAAAUCAUUCAAGGCUGAGAAAACAGAGUCACCUCAUCAUGAAGAGAUAAUGGAUCUACUCAAAAGGAUACAGAUUUCAAUAUCAAAGGGUAAAUCACAAUACAAGGAUAAGCCCUCAGCCGAAUAUGAUCAAGAUAUUCUUGGUGAACCAAAGAAACAAGUGAAAGCUAUUGCCUUGGUUAUAAUGGCAGAUCUUCAUAUAUUUUAAGAAAAUACCUAAGUUUAUUUUAUUGUACUUUUGCAUAUAUACUGAGGUUAUCUAUAUUUUUCAAUACUAAUCAAACUGAAGAACAAUCACCAAGAACAAA